AUGGGUCUUGAGCCGUUUCGGCGCCUUGUACGCGAUCUCCACGACUCUCAUCCGCAGUUCUCCCAUUUAACAAUAUGUUGUGUAUCCGCAUUUAUUGGCGAGACAGUGACCUACCCCCUUGAUAGUGUUAAAACACGUCUCCAAGUUGCUGGCGAGCUCUCAGCUACUAAAGCUCGACCACGUUUAUUUCCACUUAUUCUCUCGACCGUGAAAACAGAAGGUGUUUUUAGCUUUUGGCAGGGACUUUCUCCCGCUUUAUACAGGCAUUUCUUAUAUACGGGAGCUAGGAUGCCCAUUUAUGAAAUUAUAAGAAAUCGUGUUUUUGAUAUGCCUCCUGCAAGUGACAAGGCUAGGCAUGAAUUCGAGGUAGCCAAAUGCAGGGAGCCGCAGGGCUCUCUUUCUCGGAGCUAUGUUAUUUACGCCGCUGCUGGAGGAAUAAUUUCAGGCGCACUGGCUCAGUUCAUCUGCAGUCCUACGGAUCUGUAUAAAGUUCGGCUGCAAACUGAGCAAAGGAUGAAUCUUGUUGCCGCAACACCUGUGAUCGACUCCACUGGAAAACCGAUUCCAUCUACUGCACACCCGCUAAAACGCAAUUUGGCCCAUUCUGUAACAUUUCGACGAUUGGUAAAAGAAAACGGUGUAUUGGGCCUUUGGCGUGGCGGUCUGCCCAACGUUCAGCGCGCUGCUCUCGUCAACAUGGGCGAGAUGACCACUUAUGACACCGCAAAGCGUUGGCUACAGCGACGUCUUGGACUUACCGAUGGCCCACUUUUGCAUGGAUGUGCUUCCACCAUGUCCGGUUUCGUCUCGGCAUGUUUGGGCACACCGGCUGACUUUAUCAAAACGCGUAUGAUGAAUCAGCGCGUUGUGACCGCUUCUGGUGUUCCUCUGUCUCCGCUCUACACCGGCAUGGUCGAUUGCGCUGUCAAGGUAGUUAGGCAAGAGGGUUUUUUCACCCUAUAUCGUGGUUUCUUCCUCAUUUGGGGUCGCAUGGCUCCGUGGUCGCUAACCUUCUGGCUGACCUAUGAAAAGAUGCGUGCUUUCAUCGGCGCGGGAGGAUUUUAG